AUGGGAAAUGGAUGCACUAGUUUAGCAACAAAAAGAUACAAUCUUUUAAUAUCAAGAAAGCAUAGGAGCACUUCAAUUGGCGAUGAAAACCAAGAAGCUGCAACUGCGAAUGUUGAAGAAAGAUAUAAAACAGAAGAAGACAUGAAAAUGAUAAUGAAUGCCUUAGCUAGUCACUUUAUUUUAAAAGGCUUAGAUGAGGAUUCUAGAUUUGAAAUAGCCCGAACAAUGAAGCAUUAUACAAUAGGUCCAAGAGAAUAUGUUUUUGAAGAGGGGAAGCCUGGCCAGUCGUUUUAUAUUUUGGCAAGUGGAAGACUUGAGGUUGUCAUGAACGGAACGAAAAAAAAUCUGAUUUCCCCUGGUUUUGGAUUUGGAGAAUUAGCUCUACUUGAUGCCAGGCCUCGAACUGCUUCAAUAAUUUCAAUUGAAAAAUGCCAUCUCUGAGGAGUUGAUCGUGAUACGUUUAAAGACGCAGUUCGGAGAGUAAAUCUAUUAGGUCAUGAGGAAAAUAAAAAAUUUAUCGACAAUAUCUCAAUCUUUAAAUCAUUAACUCAAGCUCAAAAAGACCGCAUUUUGGCAUCGCUCAAUACCCAAAGAUGAGGAAACGGACAAAAAAUUGUAAGGGAAGGUGACUAUGGGACUUUGUUUUAUAUAAUAAAAGAAGGUAUUGCAACUUGUAGCAAAAACGAUCUCGAAGUAAGACACCUAGGCAAAGGGGACUAUUUUGGGGAAUUAUCAGAGCUUUAUGAUCAUUCAAGAUCUGCAACAAUAACAGCUGUUGGAGAUGUAAAAGUUGUGUCUAUAAGCUGCCAAAGUUUGUUUGAAAUUUUGGGUGAUAGUUUACAACAAAUAAUAUAUAAAAAUUCUAUAAGAAUUGCAAUUGAAAGCAGCCAAGUUUUGUCAGCAUUAAAAAAAAGUCAGAUUGAAAAAUUGCUUGAUUAUAUGAUAACCACCAGGUACCAACCUGGAGCAUUAAUUAUCCCAAAAGGAACUAAAAAAGGGGAAUACCUUUAUAUUGUAUUAAGGGGGUCAGCAGUUUCACUAUCAGGCAGAAAAUAUGGAAACUUGACAUGCAUAGGCGAUAGAGAUUUAUUAGUAACUCCUAAUUGUGAUUUUAUUGACGAUGUUAUAGCAGAAAUUGAAACUGAUGUCUCUGAAAUUUCAAAAGCAACAAUUGAAAAAUGCAUUGAAGGAGAUCUCAAAGAAAUUACAGCAGCAAAUGAUCUUAAAGUGAUUUUGGAUAAUGUUUUUUUAUUUACAGGCCUUAGUGUUACAAAGCAUCAAGCACUAAAAAAUUCAUUGAAUGUCAUGUAUUUCAACGAUAGAGAUUCCAUUAUUUUGGAAAAUCGCCCAGGUGAGUAUUUUUAUAUUGUGAAGUCAGGAAAAGUUGUAUGUAGAAAAGGGAAUAAAAGAGUUAGAAUAAUUACGAAAUAUGAUUAUUUUGGGGAAAGAGCAUUAAUUUAUGGAACAACUAGAUCAGCUUCUAUACAGGCUGAUGGGCCAGUUAUAUGCUGAAUGAUUGGGAAAAGUGCUUUUUUAGAUUUGAUUAGCGAGGAAAUUAGAGCCAGAAUUGAACAUCGAAUUGAAUUACAAGAAAUUUCUAUUUCUUUGGCUGAUUUAACAAUUAUUAAACCCUUGGGGAAGUCUAUGUUUGGGAAUACUUUUCUUAUGGCUAAUCGAGCUAGAAAUAGAUUGUACUCUGUUAAAGCCUUGCUGAAGAAUAAUUAAUAUGGUGAUGGCGACAAAACAUGUCCUUGCCGAUGACGCACCACUUUUUGAGCCAAAAUGGCUUUUAUAGUCUAAGCCAAGGUUCAGGCCCUUUGAUUCUAGCCCUAAGCUUGCUGUGUGGCAAAGUAUGGGGUGGUGGGUGACCUUGGAGUCAGCUGGUGGCUAUUCCAGUCCAGAUAUUUCUGGGCCUCUGGUUCUUUCCCUGCCAGUUCUGGAUUGCCGUGGUUCUUUUUUCCUGGGUGACACCCUUCUUCGAAGUUGCUGACAGGACAUAUCGGGCUAGCAUUUACCUCAAUAGCACCCAAGCACAGAGGAGUCUCACUAAUCAUCGAAACUUAGGGACGUAAUACAAGCCCAUAGUCCUGGGAGAAUACUACUGUUGAUGGGGCUUGGUGAAUCAAUUGCCACCCUUGGCAAGCAAGGGUCCAGUGGUCAAAAGUGUGCAGAGGAAUCAAAUCUGGAAGACCUUAAGCCAUUUAUCUUGGUCUUAAUCUUGCUGAAAGAAAAAAUUGAAAAGCUCGGGAUUCAAAUGAAUUUGCAAAUGGAAAGAGAAAUUGCAUUGCAGAUGAACCAUCCAAUGCUUAUGAGCAUUGUAGAUACAGUUAAAGAUGCUUGGAGAGUGUAUUUCAUAUCUGAAUAUAUAAAAGGAAAGGAUCUUUUUUGCAUUCUUAAAGAAAUUCAGCUUGUAAGUGAAAUACAUGCAAAAUAUUUAAUUGCUUCAGUUGCAUUAAUUUUUGAGUAUCUGCAUGAGAGGAAUAUUAUAUUCAGGAAUUUGAAGCCAGAAAACAUGAUCAUCGAUGAAGAAGGGUAUCCAGUCUUAAUUGAUUUUUCAGCUGCAAAAAUUAUUAAUGGAAGAACUUAUACUACAAUAGGCUCUCCACAUUACAUGGCCCCAGAAGUAAUUUUGGGUUCUGGCUACAGCUUCAAUGCUGAUUGAUGAAGCUUAGGAAUUGUCUUAUACGAACUUUUAUAUGGAAAAGUCCCAUUUGGAGAAGAUGAAAUUGAUCCACACAGCAUCUAUGAGAAAAUUCUUGAGCAUCGAAUUUCCUAUCCUUCUUCUGUGCUUCAAACAAAUUCAGCUAAACCUUUAAUACAGCAGCUACUUAACAAAAAUCCAUCUGCUCGUACUGGAGGUGGGACCAAAGCUUUUAAAUGCAAUAUAUGAUUUGAAAAUUUAAAUUGGGGUCGGCUAAGAACAAAAGCCUUGAAAAUGCCUUUUGUUCCAAAAUUUCUAGAUUUAGACAAUGAGAUUGAAGAAGCACUCAACAGCCCAAAAAAUAGGUACGAGGUUUUUGAAGCUGAAGAGAUAAGUGACCCGAUUAAAUCGAAAAUAUAUGAUAGAGAACCAAGCCUACAUAUAGGCUGGGAUAUAGCGUUUGCAACGCAAUUGAUUGCUUUGCGAGGGUUUCCCGCAGCAAUUUGGAGCUCUGAAAAAGCCAUCUAAAGGUGACAAGUCAACUCCAAGUUCACAAAAGCGUGCCAUUUUGCAAGGAUUUGUCAAUUUGGAGUUCACUUGUCACCUUUAGAUGGCUUUUUCAGAGCUCCAAGUUGCUACGGGAAACCCUCGCAAAGGCAAUCAAUUGCGGUGCAAACGCUAUAAUGAUUUUUAA